AUGGCGGGCCAAAUCGAGUCAGGACCGCUUGCUUCGGCAUACGAUAGCCCCACGUUCGGGGAGGACAGUUCAUUCCACAUUGAUCAAGCAGUUGGGUCAAUGUCAAUAUCGCCUUGCGGGAGAGAUGUUGUGCUUGCAUCAAAGGAAGGCCUACAUGUUAUAGAUCUCGAUAAUCCGUAUUCCCCUCCCCGUUAUCUUCCUCACCGAACAGCAUGGGAGGUUGCCGAUGUCCAGUGGUCUCCCUUUUCCGCUCGGGAUUCUUGGGUGGCAAGCACAUCAAACCAAAAAGCAUUGGUCUGGAAUUUGGCUAUGCGGACUUCACAGAAUUCUAUAGAACAUGUUCUACACGCACACUCGAGAGCAAUAACGGAUAUAAAUUUUUCAGCCCACCAUCCUGAUUUACUAGCUACUUGCGCUGUCGAUAGUUUUGUCCAUUGCUGGGACCUGAGAACACCCGCCAGGCCUGUUGUUUCUUUUUCGGAUUGGUUUACCGGGGCAACUCAAGUCAAAUGGAACCGACAGGAUCCUCAUGUUAUUGCUAGCUCCCACGAUAAAUCGCUUCACAUAUGGGACGAUAGAAAAGGCGCAUAUCCCCUACGCACCUUUGAGGCACAUGGGACGAAAAUUUACGGCAUUGAUUGGAACAGGACUCGGCCCGAGGCUAUUGUCACCUGUGCACUAGACAAAACAAUAAAGUUCUGGAACUAUUCAAAAGAAGGAAACAGGCCAGAGAACGUUACCCAUACACCAUUUCCUGUAUGGCGGACACGGCAUACCCCGUUUGGAUGGGGUGUUCUGGCGAUGCCACAACGUGGAAACAGUGACCUUCACCUAUAUAGCUGUGUUUCAGCUGAGAAUAACAGGAGUGAACAUGAUGAUCUGCCGUUGGUCCACAGCUUCCCCGGGCAUAAGGGCCAGGUCAAGGAGUUUCUUUGGAGGCAGAGGGGAGGCAUCGUAGAUGGCAUGGAUCAGCGAGAAUUUCAGCUUGUCUCAUGGGGAACAGACAAGGAGUUACGCCUUCAUCGUGUAGACCCAGAAAUCCUAAAAGGUGUAGGCUACGAAAAGGGCAAGCCAUUCAACCCCCUACUUAACCUUACUCGAAAAGGGGCAGCCUACAAAACUUUUCAUGAUGAACACUCCUACGAGCAUGGUGAAGUGGGUGAGGAUUAUGGUGAACGAUCAGAAUAUCUUGCCGCCAACAAUACUCUCAAAGGGAUGAGUGGGGUGAGCAUGCCAUACUCGCGUGGAUGGGGUCAAGUUCGACCCAUUGGACAAUCAAGCAGUGUUCGUGGGCGCACAACUCUUAGAGCUGAUAUGAACCCAAUUUCCUGGAUGCGAGGAGUGAAAAUCUCUGGAUGGGAAGUGGAAACUCUGGGUGAUGAAAUAAUCCAUGUUGGUGAAAAAUUCACCCGUGUAGCGUUUGAAUCCGUCAAUGUUGGGCAGCGGAAAGCGACCAUUUCGAUGCACGGGCCCUGGGGAUCGGAGAACUCGAAUGUUUUCCUCAAAAUCGAUAUCAAGUUUCCCACAGAAUACCCUCGAAUGGAAGCACCUAUUUUCAACGUCCAAAGAACAACUGCGGUAACAAGCCAACUAGUCAAAACUGUUACUACUGGAAUGCAGGCAAUUGCGGAGACAUAUCUUUCAAGACAACGAGGCUGCCUUGAAGGAGUGAUUCGAUACUUACUUGGAGAACAUACCGUUGAGGAAAGUGUAGCUCUGGCAAAGAAUCAACCAAGCGAACAUCUUAAGUCUACUGAUAUACUUGCUGGUAAUGAGUCAAGUGAUGAGGACGAAGACGUUGGCCAAUUUCAGGACUCGGAUCUUGCUCUCAGCUCUUCUGAGCUUCUUCGCCCUAUCAAUGCCAAUGUCAUGGUUCCAGUUGCUCGAGCAUGCGGUGCUUUAUGGGCCAACGAUGGCCAGCUUGUCUGUUUCUUCCCAAAGAAGGAAGAAAAACCUCCAUCCUUCCUAGACUCUAUAAGCUUGAGGGCCAUGGCCGGAUCAUCCCGCAAUGACAAGGUAUUUGAAGGAUUUGGGCGCCUUCAAACGGGCUCCCCGGUGCCAAGGGCAACAGCCGAAUCGGCUGUCAGCGGUGGUAUUGUCACUGAAGACGGUGGCUCAGAGUUUUCUGAUGACUCUUCAUACGAUUCGUCUAGCUCAUCUGGCUCCUCCGAUCUAUUAGGCUCACUCCCUCAACAGUUCCAAGGGAAUCACGCCUGGAGACACGGUAACAUUGGAUUUCACCUAGCACGCUCAAUUGCAGGAAAUUCACAGAGGUCUGUUGCUGGGCCUAGCACUGCCAGAUCAUCGUCGGACUCUUGUCAGAAUUAUGUCCACAUAUACCACUUUAAUGACAUAUUACCUGCAAAACGAGAACUUGCUCAGCAGUACAAAAUAUUUGGGAACCGUGCGGAGAUUUGCUCACAUAAUAUGGUAGUUGCAGCGAAUGCGGGGCUUUCAGAUCUAUCCUACGUCUGGGGGCUUCUGAAUUUACUCUUGGAUAAUAAGCAGACAACCGAUACUAAAGGUGUAAAGGAUCGUUUACGGCACAUACUUAGCAAUCCAGUGGGCAGCCUGCGACGAAAAGACAGUGGUGUCUGCUUGAACAGCGAGAGACAAAAAACGUGGGGGAGCCAUCCUCUCGGAGCCCGAUGGUUUAUCCCUGCUUUGUUUGGACAUUUCGAACAGCUUGGAGACGUACAGAUGCUCGGGAUGCUUUCGUGCGUUUUGUACGAGACUGACAUGAAGCGACUUCUUCCAGAUGAUCCGUCCAAGCCCCGGGUCUCAGAAUUCUUGGAUGAUAAAAGCUUUUCUGACCAGCAGUUCAGGGGGAAACAUAAUACCACACCGCUGGCAAGCAAAGACCUACCUAAUAUAUCGGCAUCCCACAGCUCUGGGUGCUCGUCUGCUGAUCAGUGGCACGGGAACACCCCACCACUGUAUUCGACAGGAACCACGCCUCCCACCGGAGUUCGCGGGGCAAGGUCCAGUAUGGAACGUAAAUCCCGUUAUAAUACGUCUCUGUCUGGGUCUCCUGACCCGCCUUCUAAUAUGCGGAUAAAUACCAAUUUUGGCAAUACCUUGGCCUCCUCACUCUCACGAUCUCUAACCUUCGGGCCAUCUGCGUCAUCUUCACCUCCAACUGGUCUCAUUAAGAAGCAACCUAGUCCAAUAGGCAGUCUCACUACCCAUGGACCUAGUAUCUGGAGCUCUGUUGGUGGUCUCCGUAACAAGGCAGCGUCCGCAUUACCUAGUUAUCUUACUCCCUCCGCAAUCGGCACACCCCUAACCUUCUCAGAUUCAGAAGAGAGCGAUAAACCGGUUUCACCAAGCGCGAAUAAGUUCAGAAGAAGCAUAAAGAUUGUCAAGAAACACCAAGCUGCAUUUGACAACGAUUGCAGGGCCGAGGUCCCUUUGCUUGAUCCUCGACUCCAAUCACUUUAUCAAGCCUACAGAGAGAACUAUGCUCAUCUUCUAUUUAUAUGGAACAUGCCUAUACAAGGAACUGAAGUUCUGAAAAUGGCCUCCAUUGUCGACAACGAGACAGAACGCUCCCUUUUAUAUAAGUCGAACAACAAAUAUCCACGGACCAAGCACGUCAAUAGGCGCCAUAGCCUGGCAGUUAACCACCACCCUUCAACAGAAGUUCUGGCUGAAGGACUCAACCUGCAACAUCAUUGUGCAACAUGCGGAUCUGCCCUACAAGUUUCUUCUCCAACACAAAAUCCACUGGGUGAAGCUAUCGGGAGGAAUAGCAGACGUAACGCACUUGUGAAUGUACAAUGCCUCAACUGCAACCUGUCAUUGCCGGGUUCGCAAAAUAUGUCGUGUGCAAUAUGUACUGAGGUGAUUCAAGGCAUGUUUAGCCCUUGCUUCGCCUGUGGCCAUAUGUGUUGCUUCAAAUGCCAUUCUCAAUGGUUUGCGCCGAAUAUUACCGCGGAAGGUUCUGUGGAGAAGAGCGUUUCUACACUAUGCCCCACUGGAUGUGGGUGUAACUGUUCAGAACACUUGGUGAUAGAUAUGCCUAUACCCCCAACGCCUGCUUCACCUGCAAUAUCCGCUGCACCUCCUCUACCAGCUCCGCCAUUUCCAGAAGCUACUCUGAGUCCCUCCAAGUCAAAGAGCAAACCCUUAUACCCAGGAGCAAGUGGGAGCCGCAAAAGUGCCAAAAAGUGGAGGAAUAGUUUAAAUCAAACCACGGCAACAAACGACGCGGACCAAUCCGAUAAAAACCAGACUGGGACCUCUUCAGGGAUUCGCAGCCGAGCUAGCCUCGAUGAGCAGCUCCCGGGAGUAAAUACUCGAAAGCCAGCUGCUAAUUCCGGUUCGAUUAGUCGGGUUGCCUGCUGGAUCGGCAAGAGCUCACUUGAAAGGAUGGACACCGUGUGA